GGAGCGGGAGCGGGGAGCGGUCGGCCGGACGGCGUCUUGGGCCCAGCUGGAAUAAUUAUUUACCGCUUACUGCAAUGCCCUAAAACGGUCGAUCGGCAUAAUCAUGAGCGGCCGCGCGCGGUUUGUUGGGCCCUCGGCCACGGUCCGUCCUCCCUUGCCAUCGCUCCUCGUCGCCGCCCCUACUCUCUGCCUCUUUUCCGUCUCGUCCUCGUCGACGCUCGCCCCUUCUCAUCCCGCGACGCCAUCAACAUCUCCCCCAACGGCAGUCGGCACAACCUACAGCGCGACCGCCCAGCACCCGCCCCCUGCUGGGUUCUUCCCGCUCACUCCGCAGUCACGGAGUCUUAUGGAACUUGUCACUGGUCCUGCCAGAGGCGACUCCAAUACACGCAAACAGGCUUGGCCCUCUCUGGGACGCCCCACCAUAAACACCUCGGCCUUACCAGCGUCGGGCUCAUCAACCACUCCGGUCAAUCUCAGCCCCCCUCCUUCCUCCGUCUCUCAGUCCACUCAUUCCUCCCCUUGGGCCCCUGAAACUCCUCUGGCGGCCUCGGCCCAAUCUCAGACAACUGCAUACAUGUUGCAGCACCCUGUCUCGCCCAUGUCCCAUCACGCCGACAUGCCUACACAAUAUAGCUCUCAGCCACCGGCGGGAAACACAGAGUGGGGAAACGUGUUUUCCAACCCUCUCGAUCCCUCCACAUUCCAUAAGCUUGCUGCACAGGGCCUGUUCGCACCUCCCUCUGCGAGCGUGCCCUCGAGUCUUCCUCCGCGAUCUAAUCAUACCCCACAUGAUUUUGGCGUCAAUACCCGUGCGCAACAACUUAAUGCGCACGACAUCAGCCGCUCAGGCAUCCCAAUGACAUGGUCAAACGUCUCUUCUCCAUAUGCGUCCCCUCCCGCGACCUCCCACAGAGCCUCCCCGGUUCAUCUUCGUUCUGGGUCCGGCGCAUCAGCCUCGUACGCUCGUCGUAAAUCUCCCGGUGCUGGCGUUUCUCAGUCCUACGGCCCCGUUAACCUGCGACACCCUUCUUCUUCUAUGCCUUUGCCCAUGUCUCCCUACGAUGCCCCAGUAGAUUUCAGCCAUGACCGGCGGAAUUCCCUCAGUCAACAACUGGGAGCAGCGCACGUCGCUGGCUCCAGCGGACGCGGUUCCCUCUUAGCACCUGGGCUCGAAACUCACCUCGACGACCUUUCGACGACCUUCCCCUCCCACAGAUCGUCCUUCGAAUUCCACUCGCAGCCAGCGCAUCACACCCAGCGCUUCGCGCCUGGAAUCCCUCCCUCCCUGUGGAUGUCAUCCACUAACGUACCGUCUUCUUCGUCGAGCUAUUCCGAAGCUUCGUUGUUCUCUUUCAAUCAGAUGUCUCAUCCACGACAGUCCUCCAUUUCCGAGUCCCUCGUGACUUCGUCGAGUCCUACUGCGUUGUCGCUUCUCGACUCCGGGAAGUCGACCGCGCCUACUUCUGCCUCCAGCCCGAACGAGCGUGUGUUUUCAGAGCUGUUCUCCGACCCGCUGUUUGCUCUCAGACAAUCUGUGCACGAGAAGUCCGGCUCACGGCCCUUCGCGUCACCCAAGGUCUCGGGGUCCCCGGAGUUGAAGUCUUUCGAUCUCGCAGGCGCGGAUGCCGAUCCGGAGCAGCUUGCGAGGGAAGACCCGCUUGCGACGCAGGUGUGGAAAAUGUACGCUCGCCAGAAAGCGACGCUGCCGCACGCGCAGCGGAUGGAGAACUUGACGUGGAGGAUGAUGGCGCUCGCGCUGAAGAAGAAGAAAGAGGACGAGGGGAGGGAGAAAGAGCGAGCGAAGGAGAAGGACCGGGAGGCAAAGGCGCAGAAGGGCGGUGGCCCGGGGUCCGCGCAGCCCAGCGGUGAGAAGGCGGCUGAGGGAACCGGCCCAUCUACCGGUGGGGCAGAGACGGCACAGGAGACGGAGAGAGGGCGAACCAUUGAUAAAGGGAAGGCGAGGGUGCAGGUUGUUGGUUUUGACGGCGCAAACCAGGACGGCGCAGAAGAGAAUGACGAAGUGCCGAUGGACUGGCGUGCUAUCAGCAGAUCCCGUUCGCGAGCGCCUAUGGACUGGAGGCCUGCGAGUCGCUCUCGUUCCCGACCACCCAUGGGCGGAAUGUCCGAUCUUCAGAACCAGUUCAAGUUCCCUUCCUCGACGCCACCCAAGCGCGAAGUGACGUCGCCCAGCAUCCCCAUUCCUAGCUCCGCGGGCCGCCGCAGCCCACAUUCCUCCCUCCCGUCCCAGCUCAUGCUGCCCGCCGUCUACGAGUCCGCCGGCGAGCAUCGCGGCCACUAUCCUAACUUUGACUCGUCGUCUCUGUUUCACAGUCCCCUUGCGCACCCAUCCUCGCUUCCGUCAACCGGGAUCCUCGCCCGCGCGUCCGCAUCGACGCAGCCAUCUCCGGAGCUCAAGACGUUCCCGAAGCACGUCAGGAAGACGAGUUUUGACCACACCGUUGCCAAAGAGGGCAUAUUCACAGGCGUGAGUGGCCGUCAUCAGGUCAAUGGCAAGCCUAGGUCACCUGAAGGUCUUCUUGGCACCAAGCGGCGCGCCGACGCCCCCCACGCAGAGAGCAUGUUGCGCGCCGACCCUCCCGCCGGCUUUGACUUACCUCCUCCCAUCGACACCAAGGAUUUGGAUCACCACUAUAGGCGGGAGAGUCCCUUCCCUUCUUCGUCGUUUAACUUCAGCGUCCCACCCUCAUACGAUUCCUUCUUCGACCUCUCCGGCGCCGCGAACAACGGCAUGGGAGGGACUAACAUGUCUGCCUCUCUUUCGACCCCCAAGGACCACUCGGCUUCUGAACACCAAUUUGCAGAUUCAAUACGCGCCUCGAUGAACGGGACAUACUCUCCGGCUAUGAGCGUCGGCGGCAGUGAGAGUCUUUCUGCCGCAGCAGUCGCCGCCUCGGCCGCUAUCACGGAGACAUACGCCCAGUUCAACAUGACGAACCUGGGCAUAGAGGACUAUCAGCUCAUGAACAUGAUGUACAGCCCCGUGACGUCCCACGACCUCAACUCGACGUUAGGCUCGAACUCGAACUCGUUUACAGUCGACCCUAAUCAGAUCCUUCCUCUCGAGCAUACUGAGGGUAUGUUCCACCGCAGUCCAUCGAGCGAUGGCUGGGGCAACGGCGUCGGCUCCAGUUCUGGUGCGUCCCCAGAGCCAUAUAACGUCUCGAACGCGUCGACGCCCCCGUCCCUGGACGGUGCUGCGGGGACGUCUCGCAGCGCGCAACCGCCUCGCAAGAUAGCAUCAAGCAAGCGCGUAGACAACGCCACACGCGCUGCCGCGAGUGGCGCACAGCGCAAAGGGAGCACGCCUGAGACGGCGAACGGUGCUGGCGGCCAGGGCCGGGUCGGAGGUGAGGAUGGAGAGAGCACGCCGACGGUUUGCACGAACUGCCAGACGACGAUCACGCCUUUGUGGCGGCGGGACCCCGAGGGCCAACCCCUUUGCAAUGCGUGCGGUCUGUUCUACAAACUGCACGGCGUCGUGCGCCCGCUAUCCCUGAAGACGGACGUGAUUAAGAAGAGGAAUCGCGCGUCGGGCACGCCGCACGGGUCGUCGCGGAAGAACAACGCGAACCUGCCGAAGAUCGCGGCGCAGAAUCGGCCGCGGGCGUCGACGACGAGCUCGAUGCCGUCGAAUACGCGGCUGUCGCCCGCGAGUCGGGUGGGAGCCGCGGGGGCGUCGGCCUCGCUGAAGCGACAACGACGGACUUCCACGAGUGCUCAGAUACAGUCGUCUUCGUCGAAAGACGGCGGUGGGGAGGCUUGAGACGUGUCGUGAUGUGAUGCUGCUGCCGAUGUUGCGGGUUCUGGCGUAUUAUCCUGCUCUGCUUCUCCUCCAUGUGCUCUAUCAUCUAUGCUUGUAAUGUGUCUAGAAUACUGUGUACUGCUGUGCCCCGGUACGUCUCUCGCGCGACCCCCCACACAUGUGUUCCUUUUGCGGCUCAGGAGGGCUACUACGAGUUGUACGAUGUGGCUG